UAUCAAAGAUUUAAUGAUGUUCAUUGAAUAGAAACAACAUAAAAGAAAGUGAUAACAUGAAAACCUGACAAAUGGAUUAUUUAGAAAAUAUGUGACUGACGUCAACUAUUCAUUAAUCAUUGAAAUUAAUAUUUUAUUUUGAUUUUAAUCACGUCUAAAUAUUAAUACAAUGUUUGACCAAAAUUAUUCUUUUUUUAUCACGUCUUUUAUCUAAAAAAGUAGAUAUUUUCGAAUGAAAUUCAUUAUGACGUUUUCUUUUUCAAAAUAAAAUCCUAUCAGAUUCCAAAUUCAAAAGAAAAUCAUAUGAAAAAUUGACAAUUAAAUCUAAAUAAUAAUAAUCAAAAUUAUCAAUAAAACGUUUUCUCUUGAAAUAUGUCGUUGUUGUUUUUUUCCUUUCUAUGUGAUAUUUGUUGAUCAUGAGAAGAGAAAAAAGAGGUAUAUAAAGAAUUAAUUUCACUUGUUUUUUCUCGAACAAGAAUAUCACUUUUCUUUAUUGCGUUGAUAAUAAUAAAACAAAAAUGUUGUUUUACAUGAUGAUGAACAAGAAUUUCAAUAUCCUCGUCAUGAUUCUGUUAGUUAUGAUCAAUCAGAUACCAGGUAACCAUUAUUAUUUAUCAAUCAUUUCUUUUUUUUUGUAUUUAACUUAAAAUGAGGGUGUGGGCGUUCUUUUAAUGAUAUUAUCUACGCCCAAAACCACACCCACACCCACUCUUAAAACAUUAAAAAUAUUUUUGAAUCGUGUUUUUAAGAAAGAUAUCUCUUUGAAAUGACAAAUAAUUUCGAAAAGAUUUUUAUCUGAAACUUUUCAUUUUAGCAUCUUCAUUUAAUCAACCAAAGUUCUGUGCGACACCAGCUUGGAAUCCCUUUGGAAUUACUUUUGCUAAUCGGACAACUGUUGGAGGGUAUCCUUUCGGUCUUUUUAUCAAUAUGAACAACACAAUUUAUACAGUUAAUCGAGAGAUGAAACAAAUCUUAAUGUGGAUUAAUAAUAGUAUCAAUCCAAACCAAAUUACUCCUGACAAUUUCACUGAUUCAUAUUCCAUCUUCGUUACAAAUAAUGGUGAUAUUUAUUAUGGUGAUAUUUAUUAUGAUAAUGGUUAUUUGAAUGGUCGAGUUGAUAAAUGGAUAUCAAAUACGAAUACGUCUGUUAAUGUCAUGAAUGUUAAUUCAUCAUGUGAUGGUCUCUUUAUUGAUAUUAAUAAUAAUUUAUAUUGUUCAAUGAGUGGUGAUAAUAUAAUUCUGAAAAUAUGGUCAAAUGAUAGUGAAAUGAUAUCAACAACUGCAGCUGGAACAGGGAUUCCUGGUUCUGCUUCGGAUGAACUUGAUGGUCCUUCAGGAAUCUUUGUUGAUUUAAACUUUGAUUUAUAUGUGGCAGAUCGUCGCAAUGAUCGAAUUCAACUAUUUAAAUAUGGAGAAUUAAAUGGAACAACAAUAUUUGGAGAAGAAUCAUCAAAUAACAGUAUUUCACUCAAUUAUCCAUCUGGAAUUGUAUUAGACGCUGAUAAAAAUCUUUUUAUUGUCGAUCAAUUCAAUCAUCGUAUAAUUCGAUCAGGAUUCAAUGAUAUUCGAUGUAUAAUUGGAUGUGAUGGAUACGGAUCACAAUCCUAUCAAUUAUCAAAUCCAAGAACUCUUAGUUUCGAUAGUUAUGGAAACAUAUUUAUUACUGAUACUGGAAAUAGUCGCAUUCAAAAAUUCGAUUUCUUAUCGAAUUCUUGUGGUA